CAGACCUCAGGCUGUGUGUGUCUUUUCUCUUUGUGUCUUUGAUUGAUGUGUGUGUGCAGUGGUGCAUGUGACCGUGUGUGUGUGUGUGUGUGUGUGUGUGUGUGAUUAAUAUUACAUGAGGCUCCUGAUGAGAGGUGGACAAACUCCCAACUGAGCUGUAGCACACACACACACACACACAUAUGAAUGAAUGCAUGAAUGUAUUGUCACACACGUUUUACGAGCAGUGUGUUGUGUCACAGAUAAGAUGCUGUUGAUAACACACUCACACACUUUUCAUGCCGUCUUCACAUCACAUUAAACUCUCCAUGGUCGCUAUGACAACCGGAACACUUUAUGAUCCUCACCUGCUGUGACCUGUCAGCUGUGAACCAAAUCAGACAGGGACAGGGAUCAAACAGACUCACCUGAGCAGAAAAGUCAUGCAUAGACAGAGUCUCACACUGUGUUUUUCCAGCUGCAUCAAAUCUAACAAACCUGAUCAGUAUUGAUCCUGAGUGUAUCACACGUGUGUAUGUCUCGUGGAGUGCAGGGAGUCGCUGUCUGAUGGACCACGACAAAGAACGAGAGAACAGAAAGAAGAAGAGGUCAGGACGUUCUUCCUCAUCCUGCUGUCUGUGAAAACAUGCUGAAUAUUUAGCAGCUGUUUCCCAUCAUGCACUAGGCUCACAGUGGGAUAAUUCAACCACCCACUGCUGCAGCUGAUGGAGGAGAAUCAAAGAACCAAAGCAACUGUGGGACGACGGGAACGACCCACAGGAGCAGCCCACAGAAAUGAAGGCUAUGGUGCGACCGACAGGAAAGAAAUCACAGGAACGGUGUGGAACUGUGUCUGUUUAAACCUAAUCUGAAGGUUUGAUGAUGGCGCCCACCAGACGUUGUCUUCAUGCUUGCCCACUCUAUGCAUUAGUUCCCAGAGAAACCAGCUACAGAGGCUUGACCAGUCACAGACCUGAUCCAAGUCAGAACCACUCACACACAGAACCUCGGCACCAGAAGCACCAGCGACUCACAGUGGAGGAGACGUAACUGGACCCAGGUAGCCCUUUUCCAACAACAGGGAACUGGUUCUCUUCUGGGUUACUUGGACUUUGGAGGCAUCUGCGUUUCCACCAGUUUUCGGCAGAACAAUUGUUUCAUGGAAGCAUCAUCAAUGGAGGACACAGUGGAAGGGUGUACAACAGAAUUAAAAAGUAGUAGCGAAAUGGUGGGGUACACUGUUAUUACUGUUAUUUUUUCACCUUCAGAAAAUGAGUAUGGACCAACUUUUCACAAUAAGAAGAUGCAGAAGACUGUAAAGAGAGACCAAUGGUAUGAAAAAAAACAUAAAGAAAGCCUUGUAACGACAAGGACACACCCACCAAUGUUGUCACGGUUCGCACCGAAGAACCAGCUAUUUUUUGGUGCGAGCUCCAAAUCAACUGCUCAGGUUCUGAACCAGUUUUUAUGUGGUCGAAAUGCUCUUAACUGAGCCUGUUGGUGCAGCGUAGGUCAGUGUUGUGACCAUGGGCUCAGAAAACAACCAGCAAACAGGUCUGUUUUCAUCCAGUGACCAACAGGGAUUAAAUAAUUUGUCAGUGACCCGCUGUCCCUGACCUGAUGAUGGUCUGAUGACAUCACAACUUGUUCAUGAUUCAAUGACUCAACGGGUUUGAAUCGGUUUUUGUUGCCUUCAGUUUUCUCUUCAGUAACUGAAAAGCUGCUCUACUGGGUUGAGAUCAGGUGAUUGACUUGGCCACUGAAGAAUACACCAUUUUUUGCCUUGAGAAGACAGUGUCCAGAGGCAAAAUGACACUGUCCAAAUACUUAUGACCUGAUUGUACUAAUAGCAGUGAAAACGCGGGGCAGGUUAGACACCAGUAUAACAGUCUGUCAGUCUGAGCAUUCAUUUACAGCUUCGAUCUACCACUCUCUAACUUCACGCCUAAAACCUCAGAUUAAAUAUUAAUGAGUCUGACCCCGCCCACUGUAGUGUGAGGAAUAAACCGCGCCCCCUCUAUUCCCUCUGAGACUCUCUUUCUGUGUCUGAGUGUCUCUCGCCCGCUCGCUCUCUCAGAACAAUGUGUCGUUCACAAUAAUGGGAUUACAGCCAUCCAGCCGGCUGCUCGCUUGCCCUCCCUCCCUCUCUCUCUCUCUCUCUCUCCCUCUCUCCAUCUGUGUGUCAGUAGUCGUUCGACCCCUCUCCCUCGCCCAGUGUGCAGGUUCUUUCAGGGUUUUUUUGUGUCUUUUGGGGGGGAAUGAAAGAAAAACGGACUGUUUCCUGAAGGAAGUAAAGAGGAGCUGCCAUGUUGGCCUCCUCCAUCCCCCCAUCACUCAUCUUCCUCCUCUUCCUCCCCGCCCCUCCCACCCUCUCUGCUGAUGUCAUUGUGACAUCUGACCCCUUGACGCUGACGGUGAAUCUGGAUGGCGCUCCCCUCUCUCACCUGCUGCUGGACUCUGGGGCGGGGCGUCUGUAUGUGGGCGGGGUUGACCACCUGUACCAGUUGACGUCUGACCUGGAGAUGAUAUCACACGUCAGGACUGGCCCCCACUUGGACUCCCCAGACUGCCUCCCCCCGAUCGUACCCCAGGACUGCCCAUCGGCCACGCCCACUCACAAUCACAACAAACUGCUGCUGAUGGAGGGGGGGCAGGGUGUGGAGCCAGGGAGUCUUAUCGUCUGUGGUUCGCUGUAUCAGGGAAUCUGUGAGAAAAGGAGCCUGUCCAACAUCUCUCAGAUCAUCUAUCAGACGUCCAACCCCGUCGACACUCAGUACGUAGCUGCCAACGACCCCCGGGUUUCCACUGUCGCUGUGGUGAUAACCGUAGAGAACAAACAGGAAAUGAGUGGCAUGUUGCAUCUGAUGCUGGUUGGUCGAGGCUACACUAGUAAAGGUCCUGGUGACAUUCCACCAAUCACGACGCGACGUCUCUUCCCGGUGGUCCCACCUCCCUUCUCUCAGGAGGAGGAGCUGGGGAAACUCGUCGUAGGAAGUUACUCUGAGUACAACAACCACUUUGUAAAGGCCGUAACCCAUGGUGAACAUGUCUAUUUCCUCUUCUCAAGACGAGACAUGUGGCACAAGAAGGAGUACCGAACCUAUGCAUCGCGGCUCUGCGCCUCCGACCGCAGUUUCUAUUCGUACGUGGAGGUGCCACUGCUGUGCCACGGUGGGUACAACCUGGCUCAGGCGGCGUGGUUAGGAAACCACUCAGGUGAACCCGCCCUGUUUGUCGUCAUGGCAGUGGGACAGGCGUCCACGCCUGUAGCAACGGGACAAUCUGCACUGUGUGUUUAUGGAAUGGCAAAGCUGGACGCCAUGCUGCGACAAGCACAAGAAGUGUGUUACACGGAGGGAGGACGAGGCAGCAGCGGCCAGGAAGAAGCCUACAUAGAGUACGCCGUGUCAUCAAAAUGUCUCAAACUGCCAAAGGUCUCUCUCUUGGAGUACCCCUGUGGAGGGGAACACACCCCUAACCCCAUCGCCAGUGCUGUGCCACUUCCAGCCACGCCAACCUUCUCCUCCUCUACCCUGCUGACCGCCGUCACCACAGCAACAGAGGCGGGACACACCAUCGCUUUCCUAGGAGACAGAGAAGGAAAACUGCACAAGGUGUUGGUGCGCUCUGAUUGGUCAGGUGAUCUGUACGACAGUGUGGUGGUGGACAGCGGCAACGCCGUUGCUUCUGACAUCCUAUUGGAUGACAGGCAGCAGCACAUUUACGUUCUGACCAGCGGCAGGCUGUCCAAGGUUCCUGUAUCCUCAUGUGAGAAACAGUCAGACUGUCAAUCUUGUCUUACUCUCAGAGACCCACACUGUGGGUGGUGUGUCCUGGAGGGAAGAUGUUGCCGUAAACAUCAAUGUCAGCGCCACCUGCAGUCCAACCAUUGGCUGUGGAGCUUUGAAUCAACCAAACAGUGUGUGACAGUACAAACUCUGCAGCCAGCCAAUCAGAGCAAAGACGAGCAGACACAGGUAACGCUGUCAGUCAUCCAGCUUCCCAACCUCACUAAGGCUGAGUCUCUGUUCUGCGUCUUCGGGCUCCUCCAACCUCAGCCUGCCAUCAUCAUGGGAACCAGCAUCACCUGUCAGACACCUGCACCAGAGCUCCUCCCUGACAUGCCGGCAGGAAGUGAUCACAUGGUCCUGCCUGUGUCACUGAAGUUUGGUCAUGUGACGAUCACCACAGGUCACCUGACCUUCUACGACUGUGGAGCAGUGAGCCGCCUGAAUCAAAGCUCCCAGUGCCUGUCCUGUGUCUCCAGUGUGUGGAAGUGUAACUGGUGUCCUCUGGAUCAAGUCUGCACUCACAACCACAGCUGUCCCAACAAACACAUCAUCCUCAAUCAGAGAAACUCUCCUGGUCCGUCUUUGUGUCCUCUGGUCUUCUCUAUGCAGAGUUCUGCCUUAGUGCCAAUGGGCCUGAGCAGCAGUGUGGUUCUACAGGGACGGAACCUGGACGUCUUCACGGACGAUGCUCCGUAUGUUUGUGUCGUGGAAAUAAACGGACUUAGGGUGAACCUGACAGCUACUGAAGAGAGGACGCACAACAACACACACACCUUCACCUGCAGCCCACAUGAGUUUCAGUAUACAGUCAGUCAGCUCCAGUUUUCUGCUCCGGUUUAUCUGCGGAGAGGAGAGAGACGCAUCGACUCAGCUGGUCUCCACCUCCAGUUGUACGACUGCUCUGCUGGCCAAUCAGAUUGCUCGCAGUGCAGGGCGGUACCUGACGAGUACGGCUGUGUGUGGUGUCCAGGAAGCCCAUCCCCCAGCUGUGUUUACAACCAAUCGUGUAGCACCACACCUGCAGACACCUGCCCGCCUCCUCAGAUCACACAGGUGUUACCUGUCUCUGGUCCCCUGGAGGGUGGAGUCUUGGUGACGAUCACAGGUUCAAAUCUGGGGAUGAGGUACCAGGAUGUGGUGGGUGGAGUCACAGUGGCAGGUGUUCAGUGUCUGCCGAGACGUGAUGGAUACGAGAUCUCCACCAGGGUUGUGUGUGAGUUGCAGCCCAGUGGGAAGCAGAGGAAAGGGAGUGUCCUGGUUACCGUGGGAACAACCUCACCUGGAAGGUCGACACAGAUCUUCACCUAUCAGGACCCUCGGCUCAUUGAUCUGGUUCCUGAUAAAGGUCCAAUCUCUGGAGGAACCAGGCUGACCAUCAGAGGACAGCAGCUGCUGACCGGACAGAUGUCCGACCUAAGCGCCUUCUUGGGGCCACAGCCGUGCUACAUUGUAGCAGAGGUCAAAGACACCCAGUUGGUGUGUCAGACCGGUUCCAGUCCUCAGACGGGUGGCGUUACAGUUCAGGUGUUCUUUGGUAAAGCGGAGCGGACCGUUCCAAACGUCACCUUCCGUUACCUUGAUGACCCUGUUAUCACCGAUGCCAAACCUUCUGAGAGCUUCUUCGCAGGGGGGCGUAUCAUCGUUGUGACGGGCAGGAACCUUGAUGUUGUGCAGCAGCCAGUCAUAUCAGUGUGGGUGGAGCCUUUGGACGUCCAGAGGGUGAAACGGAGAAGACGAUUGACUGUCCUCUCUGCCAGGCAGCAGCUGGUCUUCAACAGCACCAUGACAACGGUGUCGGAGCGCUGUUCGAUCGUCUCAUCCUCUCAGAUGACCUGUCCAACCCCCACCGUGACCCCAGAGGUCAAAGUCAAAGGCGUCUGGUUUCAGCUGGACAACGUCCGAGUCCACUACGAGAGCAUCAAGGGUAGAAGCUUCACGUAUUAUCCAAACCCGGAGCUGUUCCCUCUGAAUCGAGAAUUUCCUGAAUCUCCGCAUCGUUUCAAACCAGGAGGGGUGAUCGCUGUGGAGGGACUGGACCUGACCAGAGCCAUGUCCAGACAGGAAGUGAGGGCUCGGCUUGGAGAUCAGGAGUGUGACGUGAAAACCCUUGACAACACUCACCUGUACUGUGAACCUCCAGAGAUCCAACCAAUGAGUGUUGAUGACGGAAACGAGCUGCCUGCCCUACAGGUGUUUAUGGGGAACCUGCAGGUGGACCUGGGAUUGGUUCAGUACGACAGUGACUCUCUGCUGUCUCCCGUCCCAUUGGCUGCUCAGAUCAGUUUGGCAGCAGGAGCAGCUGUCAUCAUCCUGUCAGUGCUGGUUGUCAUCCUCAUGUACAGGAGGAAGAGUAAACAGGCGCUCAGAGAUUAUAAAAAGGUUUUACUGCAACUGGAAACUCUGGAGAUCAAUGUUGGCGAUCAAUGUCGGAAAGAGUUCACAGACCUGAUGACGGAGAUGAUGGACUUGAGCAGUGAUGUUGGAGGACCAGGACUCCCCCUGCUUGACUACAGGACAUAUGCAGAGAGAGUCUUCUUCCCCGGCCAGCAGACAGCGCUGUUGAGUCGACAGCUGGACCUGCCGGAGUCCCGAAGGCCGACGGUGGAACAGGGCCUCCAGCAGCUCAACAACCUGCUCAACAACAGACUCUUCCUCAGCAGGUUUAUCCACACUCUGGAGGCCCAGCAGGGUUUCUCUCAGAGAGACCGCGGUUACGUUGCGAGUCUGCUCACCAUCGCCCUUCAUGAUAAACUGGAGUACUUCACCGAGGUCAUGAAGAACCUGCUGCAGGACCUGGUCCAGCAGUACGUCGCCAAGAACCCCAAACUCAUGCUACGCCGGACAGAGACAGUCGUAGAGAAGAUGUUGACCAACUGGAUGUCGAUCUGCCUCUACUCCUUCCUCAAGGAGGUUGCAGGGGAGCCUCUCUACAUGCUCUACAGAGCCAUUAAGUACCAGGUGGACAAAGGGCCGGUGGACGCUGUGACAGGAAAGGCCAAACGAACGCUAAAUGACAGUCACCUGCUGCGAGAGGACAUAGAUUUCUGCACCAUGACUCUGACGGUCUUGGUGAAGAAUGGUGUUGAGGUUCAGCCGUGUCCCGUUAAAGUCCUCGACACCGACACCAUCACACAGGUGAAGGAUAAGAUCAUGGAUCAGGUAUACAGGGGAGCUCCAUUCUCUCAGAGACCAGCAGCCGACAGUCUUGACCUGGAGUGGCGUUCCGGUCAGGCGGGUCACCUGACCCUGUCGGAUGAUGAUGUCACUGCAGUGGUUCAGGGUCGCUGGAAACGAAUUAACACUCUGCAGCACUACAAGGUUCCUGAUGGAGCGACUGUCGCUCUGAUUCCUCGUUCUCAGAGUGGAGUUGGAGUCAACCAGGUCUUCCAGACUGGAGAGAAAACACCGAUGCUCGAGGGCGAGGAGGAGGAAGGUCUCCGUCUGUGGCACCUGGUGAAGAGCAGUGAAGAUCCUGAAAUUCCAAAACACCGAAAGAGCAGCAUGAGGGAGAGAGAACGAGCCAAGGCCAUACCUGAGAUUUACCUGACCAGACUGCUGUCCAUGAAGGGGACAUUGCAGAAGUUUGUGGAUGAUGUCUUUGUGGCGAUUCUCAGCACCAAGCGUCCUCCUCCAAUUGCUGUCAGAUUUUUCUUUGACUUCCUUGAUGACAUGGCCGAGAAACAUGGCAUUGACGACCCUGAGACCGUCCACAUCUGGAAGACAAACAGUCUCCCUCUCAGGUUCUGGGUGAACAUCCUGAAGAACCCUCAGUUUGUUUUGGACGUUCAGGUGACAGACAGCAUCGAUGCCAUCCUGUCCGUCAUUGCUCAGACCUUUAUCGACUCCUGCACCACCUCCGAGCACAAAGUGGGGCGGGACUCUCCUGUCAACAAGCUGCUGUAUGCCAGAGAGAUACCCCGAUACAAGCAGCUGGUCGAGAGGUAUUACAGUGAUAUCCACAGUGCUGCGUCAGGUUGUUAUCAGGAGAUGAAUUCUACUCUAACUGAACUGUCGGGGAGUUUUGCUUCAGAGAUGAACAGUCUUGUUGCACUUCAUGAACUCUACAAGUACAUCAACAAAUAUUACGACCAGAUCAUCAUGUCUCUGGAGGAGGACAGUUCAGGGCAGAAGAUGCAGUUGGCCUAUCGGCUGCAACAGGUUGCCGCCCUGGUGGAGAACAAGGUCACCGACCUCUGAUGACCUCUGAACCCUGGAGACAGUUAGAGCCCCAGUGAGAAGGAGGAUGAAGACAAAUCUUCUUCAGCAGCUCUAACCAAUCACUAGACGCCUUUCAACAUCGUGUCUUCCUGCUGUGUGUGCGUGUGCGUGUGAGUGUGUGUUUGUGUGUGUGUUUGUGUGGCGUGUGUGCGUGCGUGUGUGUGUGUGCGCGUGUGUCACUCUCAGGAGAUCUCGUCACUCUGCAGCAGCAGUAACGUCCUGUUUAUUAAACACUGAAUCUAACCUAAACCAAACCUAAACCAACCGGACACGCCCGUCUGUGAUGUAAAACGACAAUCUAACCAAUCCGAUCAGGGAACACCAUCUUCUGCUGCCUUGCACUAUAUUUCCUAGAGUUCCCUGCUGUGCUGUUCUGCUGCCUGCAAAGAGUCAAAAAGCACAAUUGUAACAGUUUUGUAUUGAUUAUUGAUCAACUGAUGUUUUUUAUUGAAAGUAUAAAGUUCAGGGACGUUCAUUGACACAAACGGAAUCAGUGAAUUUUCACAUUGUUUCAGUCUGAAUCCACUUUCUCAUCGUUUCCUUGUCGCUGAAUCUGACUCACCUGAAGCGGCUCAGGUAACCUGACCAUGCCCACUGUGGUCUUCCGCACUUCUGGGUCUGGCCCAGAUUGACUGUCCAGGGUUCUCAGGUUCAUUUGUCGUCAUCAGCGUGCAGCAGAUGAGAUCAUAGCUCAGUGAUGCUUGUUGCUAUGGAGACGAAAGUGCAAAUUAUAUCGGUGAUGAAGGUUUUUUUUACAAAGGUCAAGUAACAGGUUCAGACAAAUGACACGUCAGAUGGUGUUUGACUUUGACAUGCGUCUGCUCCAUCUCUAACAAUCCAGAGCAGACCGAGGAGUCUUGUCCUCGGUCCGAAGUGGAUCAGGUCUGAUAGCCAGUCCUCGAGUCCCUCUUCAUCAGGUCUUAUGUUGGGUCCUGUUCUUCUUCUUUCGGACACAUUUGGUUUGAUGCUCCUUCUGGUCUCUUGUAGACCAGAUCAGGUUGAGUCACUUUGUGGAUGAGAUUGUUCCUGGUCUAAUCUGGAUUGGAUUAGUAAUGUCCUGUCAUUGGUCAGUUUAAUAGACACACUGACAAAUGAUAACUGUUUGUCCAUUCAGCAUCUACUUUCCAGGAUGAUGUCAGCAAUGACACGUUACAGCUGGGUGUUUUGUUUUUUAACCCUGAUGGUGAGCUGACAGCUGUACAGUCAGGAGCCACACCCUGAAGGAAAUGUUAGCCUCUUGUUUUAUAAAUGAAUUGCUUUCAUGGGAUAUUUUUGUAUUUCUGAGUUGUUUUUUGUAUUUAUGAAUCAAAUUGUCUCAUGGGCCGCACGUGUCCCUCAACCCUGACUCAGGUCCAUUCAGGUUUGGAUCCAGUUGUUUGUUGUUCCAGUCAGGCCUGUGUCCUGGUCUCUGGUCCCGACGGGUCUGGUGGUCCACCUUUAGGUCUGUCUGAAGAGAAUCCACUGAUCGCAGCCGUUUCUCAGUUUCAAUAUAAUUAUUUUUUAUGGUUUCCUCUGUUAAAAUAAAACCUGACUGCACAGGUGAGAUCUACCGGAGCCACUAGAUCAGCAGGUGUUUGCUCACCAUAGUUUACCUCGCUGCUGUUUUUGUACAGAAAAUGAAAAAUAAGUUUGCGUUGAAAAGCUGAAGAAAAGAAGGACGAGCAGAAACUAGAAUCAGACUGAAACUUAAACAUUAAAGUCGAACCUGCUGAAAGAACAAAGAUAGAUAAAUAUGAUUUAAAAAAAUCUGAAGUCUGGGGGUUUAUAGUGUGUGUGUGUGUGCGUGUGCGCGUGUGUGUGUGUUAGCAAGUCACUAACUUAUUGUGUGUACAUAUUUUCAGUCCUAUUUAUACCUAUUUAUCCCAGCUGUGCCUUCACUCUUGCAGCUAGGAGGCACUGUCUGUCUGUCUGUUCUGACAGCAGCCUACAUGAUCAUAUAUCCCAGUUCAUAUUAUGUUUUACUUUUAUUGAACGAGAGAUGGAAACCAACAAACCCCUGAUCAUCAUGUACCAACACCCCACAAGUCUAACACUGGAUGUAAUGCACAGCCAGUAUAACAUUACAUUAUAUUACAGAACAGCCAGUAUAACAUUACAUUGUAUUACAGAACAGCCAGUAUAACAUUACAUUGUAUUACAGAACAGCCAGUAUAACAUGUUAGACUGAGAAAAGCUCCACUUACUCGACUGAAAUUAUUGUCAGCUCCUGAUGCUGACGUCAUCAAUGACCCGUCAAGUUACAAAAACAUGUAUUAGAAGUCUAUGUACUGGUUGUUUGAGGUCUUUGUAUGAAGAAUGUGCUAGCUGCUAAUAGCUACAAAUGCUUUGACGCGAUUGUGUAUCAUCUGUAAACGCAGAUGGCUCCAGACCGCCUGUGUGUUGUCAGAUUUGCUGGCCUUUUGACAGUAACUGUUUGAAACUGCAGUAAACAUCAAUAGUAACAAACACGAACAGAUAUUAAAACAGCGCACUUGUUUUUGUGGAACCUGUGCGUGUAGCAGCUUUGUGACGUUGCUGUUGUCCUCUAGCUGAUGCUGAACAGUUGUGUACUUCCAUUGUUCUGUCAGUAUGGACACAUACAUGCUUAUAUUUUUAGCUUUGAUCUCAAUCAGCUCAACUGUCGUCCUGGCUGAAGCCUGACGACAUUAGCAGCAAUAACAAACUGUGUCUUCAUGGUAACAAAUCAUUUAACAGCGAUGUGUUUUCUGUGUGGAUUUAGUGGGCGGGGUCUGUACAGUGGAGCUGAACCCUUCCUGGAGUGUGUUUGGGUGUAAAUGGGCUCGAGCCGAGACUGAACCCACCAGGCAAUAAGUAAAUGGACGGACUGACUGUCAGUGGUCGUCUGUGCUGCUGGACUGAAGCACAGACCUGAAACAGCUCUUGUUUUAUAUGAGAUGUUUGAAACUCAAUGUUUUCUUCCUGCUGACUGACAGCAGCUUCUAUAUAUUUCUUCAUAUGAUUAUUGCUGUUCUCCUCUGUGUUUUUGCCUUGUGUGUUUUUUGAGCCUGUGUUUGACCCGUAGUUGUAGUUCUCUGAUCAGAUUGGAAAUUUGCAUGCACGUAAUGAUGAUGAUGAUUUCUGGUGCUUCUUCGAGCUAGAUUUUUGUUUUGUUUUUAAAUAAAGAUGAAAGGCGGGGCUUAAAGUCUCCGGCGUUACUGACGACGUAUAUCAAUGGACGUCAAAGGUCACAGUUUGACCUUUGUCCUCCUGAUCUCUGUACAGUUUUCUAAUAUUCUGGACAUGAUGAAACAGGUCCUCAGCUCUGAUUGGUUGGGCUGUGUUUUUUGCUGAGUGUUUUUUUUUUUACAAGGGAAAGAAAACUAUAAAGUGUUUGUACGAAACAAAUCCUGGAUGAGUUGUACUGAAGCACAGACUGCUUUUCUACUGACUGUGUACAGUUUGCUAACAGUGUGUAAAUGUGCCUGUAAAUACCUGAGGACGACGAUGAUCAUUGUUUUUAUUGUGACGAGGCAAACACAGUUUGUAUCAUGUAAAAAUAAAGUUAUAAUUUUAACAGUU